GGUGGAAUUUUUAAGUCUCAUUUAUAAGUAAACAACAAUAAUUGUGAGAAUUGUUUAUAAUUAUUGUAGGAUUUCAUAAUCAUAUCGAUGUUGAUGGAUCGCAAUUGUUCGAGCGGCAAUGAGACGUACAAAAUGGAAGAAUGGAAAAGUAUCGUAACCACUUUGACGCACGAUGAAGUCGUCGAAGUGACAAAAUCGUCUCUCUGCACCUUAAUAAGCACCGAUCCCGUGCUUAGAGAUUUGCCUCUAGAUGUCAUAACAGAGGAAAUAUUAUUACUGACUGCAGCGGAACACGGAAAGUGCAUUACGAUAUUCAUUCGUAGGGAAAGCGAACCCCCGUUAAGAGUCAUAGUACCGCAAAGCGCCACGGUGAGGAAGUUGAAAAAAUCGAUAGCGCGUCAUUUCGAACUCUCGCAGCAGAGAAACGGGCCCAAGGUGAAGAUUUCUUGGAAGUACGUCUGGAAGACCUUCGACCUCUGUUUCGACGGAAUCACAUUAGACGACGAUAACGGUUCUAUCGACAGUUACGGAGUGGGUAACAAGGAGAGCUUGACGUUCAAAAAGAGAAAUGGCAAAAAUAGAUAGAAUUUAAACCGGAA